CAAGUCUGAUCUACAUUGUAUUGUACGGAAGUUGACACGCAACCCUUGGUGAUCUUUUGUAUGUUGAGUGAUAAUGGCUUCAGGCUGGUUAUGCGGACGAUAUCUGAAAGCAGCUGAAAGGUUCAUUUUCAUAGCAGUAGCCCUGACUGAGCUCGCCUUUAUAUUGAUGUUGGUGAAAGCAUUCAGUGACGGAUUUACGAGACAAGAACAAGCAGUUGAGGCAUUUUUUCCAAAUGCACAAAUAAAUCUCUCUUUGAGAUCAGCAAGUGUAAGAGAUGCACCAAUUACAAAACACAUCCCUCCACAGACUGAUAGUGAAACGACACCUUCAUCUGGCGACACCAGUCCGGAAGUCCAACAUGUGUUCUUCCUGAAGGUUCACAAGGCUGCGAGCUCCACCAUACUGAACAUUCUCUACAGAUUCGGCUACACCAGAUCCAAGAACUUCGCUCUACCGCGAAAGGGAAAUUACAUAGAGCUAGUGGAUCACAGUAAUGUUAUACCAAUACCACCAAAUAACUCUUACGAUAUUCUAUGCAAUCACCUCCUGGUGUUCUCCCAUGCCAAGAUAUCCCAGAUAAUGCCAAAAGACACUGUGCACAUCGCUAUCGUCAGAGAACCUUUCGAAAGACUUCAUUCAGCUUUCGAAUACUAUCGCAAUCAACUCGGUCGUGGGUAUCUGAUGAAAGCGAAGGGAGAUGAUCCUUUCAGAACAUACAUCCAAAACCCGAUGUUCUUCGAACCUCCUGAUGCCCUGAAAUCCUUCACCAACAACCGGAUGACUUUAGAUUUCGGCUAUCCACCUGGUAAUAUCAACGUCGCUAGAACGAUACAGGGAUUCCUUGACCAUCUUGAUUCGAUAUUCGACUUGGUGUUAGUUAGUGAUGUGUUUGAUGAAUCUGUUAUCCUCCUACGACGAAGAUUGAAUUGGUCAAUGAAAGACGUAUUGUACAUGGCCAAAAAUAGACAUGGAUCAUCCUUAAACAUUCCAUUGCGGCGUUACAACAGAAGCGUGGUUGAUUCUAACAUUCUCAGACUCGACAGAAUUGUGUACGAUCAUUUCCUCGGAAAAUUGAAAAAGGAAAUCUUGAACGCGGGAGAAAUAUUUAAAGAGGAGGUGGCUUAUUUUCAAACAGUCCGUGACCAUACGCUCAAGUACUGCUCCAGAAUAGCCCCUGCCGAGAACCUUAAGGUCCAGGCAUCGAAGUUUCACAGCAGUUUUGAAAUUUCCAACAAGGACUGUUGGCUCCUUGCUCAAGAGGAAAAUCCUUUUCUAGAAUUAUUACGAAAUGUUCAAAUAGAUAAAUUAGAGAAUUUGGGAUUGCAUUUCCAGGAACCUCCUAAAUUAUAUAAUGCCAAGAAGAUGAAGAUGUUUCAGAAAAGAGCAUAAUAAUCACAUAAUUUUUAAUGUCAUCUCCGUGGCGAUUCCGGGUUAGGAUUGAUCCCCAGCAACAGCGUGCUUGUCGGAAUAGAUUGAUUGCUCGGUGACCUGGUUGAUUGCUCGGUGACCUGGUUGA